AUUUUCAACAUCUCACCCCUAAAUCGUUUUCAAUAAGCAAACCCUAUCUUCUUCAUCCAAUAUCUCUGUGUAAAAAUGUCUGGCCGCGGAAAGGGAGGAAAGGGUUUGGGAAAGGGAGGCGCCAAGCGCCAUAGGAAGGUUCUCCGAGACAACAUCCAGGGUAUCACGAAGCCAGCCAUCCGCCGCCUUGCUCGCAGAGGCGGUGUGAAGCGUAUCUCCGGUCUGAUCUAUGAGGAGACCAGAGGCGUCCUCAAGAUCUUUCUCGAGAAUGUGAUUAGAGAUGCUGUGACCUACACCGAGCACGCCAGGAGGAAGACUGUGACGGCGAUGGAUGUUGUUUACGCGCUGAAGAGGCAGGGAAGGACUCUGUACGGGUUCGGUGGAUAGGGAUUUACUGAAUAUUGCUCGAUGUUUCUUCGUCGGUGAUUUCAUCACUUUCUUUGUUUGGUUGUAUGUUACUUUUUGGUGAACUUAGAACAUGUUGAUUUUGUAAGUUCUAACUACAAUCCGGAAUUGAAUAUGCAGUUCUUUCUGCGAUUUUUUGCUUUAGUUCUUCCGUCUUUCAGUGCUGCCAUUUUCAGUAAAGCUUGUUUGCCUUCUCCAGUUUUGUGCUUAUGAUUUUACUACGUAGCAUCAGACUUUUACCCUAACUUUUAAUUUCGUUUUCGUUUGUUGAUUUGAAUGGUAUUCAACUUUUUUGACA